UGUGUUUCAAUGACGAGUCGUCAUGCGGUAGCAACCUCUGUGUUGACCUUGCUUGCGUUUUAAUUGUAUUUAUUUGAAAAUUCCGUAAAAUGUUCCGGGUAGUUUGCUGUAGUUUGAUAUAUGCAAAUUUCAUUUUACAAAUCGUUUACGUAACACCUUUCCCGAACACCACAGUUCUGUACAAGGAGAAACUCAACUCCAACAUUUCUGAUAUUGUCAAUCAUAGCAUUGUAGUUAAUGACACGAAAAUCACCAAUUUUGACAACCAACAAGAAGUGUUUUUCCCCGAAUCUAUAAAAACCAGUGUGCUUGAUGGAACAUUGUCGUCCGAGGAGGAGGUCGCCACCAUUAGUUACGCAUUUAGAGGUCCAAACCCUGUCGUUGAAAAGUUAGAAUUGCCUCUGUCGGAAGUAGACAAGAAUGUCCGCGAAGCCUGGGGAGGGGAUUGUAACCAGGAGUCGUGGGACAAGUGUAGCAAAAUAAAAACCUGGGGGAGGCCUGGGGGGUAUUUCAUGCCCGACAAACGGUCGAAUGGGAAGUUGAUCUGGAUAAAUAAUGGGACCAAAUGCGACACUCCAGAGGAAAAAUUCUAUUGUUUAGGGAAUGGCUGGACGGUAGCACGAUGUCAUCUUCUUUGUAUGGCUCAGUGUAACAAAGAGAUUCUAUUUAAAUACGACCAAAUUGUGAAACACGAAGGACAAUGCCCAUCACCAAUUGGAUGAUUAAUUGUAUAUGCUCCAGUGGCUACUGACGACGUGACAAACUUCAUUAAGCACGACGAUGAUGGACAGUUUGUUUUUCUUCCCUCGAUCCGGAUCAUGAAUUUAUUCAUGACAUGAGAGAACUGAUCAAAACCAGAAGCUAUACUUUGAACUACUAAUUUACUUUAUUGCAUAAAUUGCUAUAAAUUGAUUUAACUCUGCCAUGUCAAAUGUCUAAGCACGAGAAUACAAUUCGCAGUUAGCGUUCACAACUGAACCAAACAACACUCCAACAUGAGGAACAUUGUUUUUUGCAUCUUUGUUACUUUGCUCUUAUGCUUUCUGAUAAAAGUAGAGCCAUGUUCCGUGCAUCCGACUACAUCACCCCAGCCAACCACAAAAUCUUCAUUGCUUCGCAGAAUUAGAACAAAACCGACCACAACUAGGACCCCUGUAACGACGCCAGCAACUUUAUCAGAGGAUCAGUCACGUUUCACUAAAUACUCAAAAUAUGCGAGGAGCGGUUUUUUCCUGGAAGUAGAAGAAACAAUUGACAAUCGAACCCGAGUGUACGAAAUGAAGAAACUGCCACGACUCUACAGCCAAACUAUGAAAAGAUCUACGGAUGCACAGAUCCCCCCAGACUCCAACAAUGUUGAACAAAUUGCUGGACCGAGUGACACCGCUGGAGAAGAAUCUUUGACCGAGGAGGACUUGGCAGUUCAGAAAGACUGGGAAGGUGACUGCUUUUCUCGUCAUUGGAAAAAAUGUGCAGGUUUGGACCAUAUUCUUGUGAUGAACGUAUACAAUAAAACGAACGGUCGGGAUUAUGAGACGCUGCAUUGGGAAAUGGACUGUAAAUUAUCGUCGGUUGUAUGCAUGAAAAACGGGUGGUCGGUGAACCAGUGUCAAAUCAUUUGCAUGUCAAAGUGCAACAAAGCAAUGCUGCAAGGAUACGAUUCGUUCGUCAGUUAUAGUGGACCGUGUAAAUACAUAUAGUUGAUAGUGGUUUCGUGGACCCUGUAUUUACAAGUUAAAUACUUUAUUCCGGAAGUCAUACAAGUAGGAAGGAACUCUGUCUGCAUAUCUAGAUGCAUAUAUGUAUGUAUGAUUGGUUGAUACUGUUCGUACAAAAUAUUGAUACAUAGCAAAAUAAAAUGGCAUACAUUUCAA